CGCCCCAACUGGCAAUGUCACCAACAUCACAUUCACCAUUUCCACCGCCAUUCGGUGGCGUACCUUAUAGCCAAUUGGAAAUGCUCGAGGCAACUCAUCGUGGCCUACACAAAUUUAAUCCACGUCAUCACGAUGAAAUCGAUAUCGAAAUCGGCGAUCCGAUUUAUGUGCAGAAAGAGGCGGACGAUUUAUGGUGCGAGGGUGUCAAUUUACGUACAGGCCGACAAGGCAUAUUCCCAUCGGCAUAUGCUGUCGAUUUGGAAUACAAUGAUUUCGAUCCGAAUGCACAAAAAGUGAAAAAAGAGCGGUAUUUGCUCGGUUAUAUGGGUUCAGUUGAGACAACCGCACACAAAGGUACCGGCGUUGUUUGCCAGGCCGUGCGGAAAAUUGUCGGCGAAUGUGGCGAAUCGCCAAGCAUUCAAGUUUGCAUUUUGGAAAUAUCAGACCAGGGAUUACGUAUGGUUGAACGCGCAUCAUCAUCAUCAUCUAGCAAGGAUAAGAAGGGACCAUGCAUUGAUUACUUUUAUUCGCUCAAAAAUGUCUCAUUCUGUGCAUUUCAUCCACGAGAUCAUCGCUAUAUUGGAUUCAUCACAAAGCAUCCGACAAUACAACGUUUUGCGUGUCAUGUUUUUAAGGGACAAGAAUCAACAAGACCAGUAGCAGAGGCCGUAGGCCGUGCAUUUCAACAUUUCUAUCAGAAGUUUAUCGAAACGGCUUAUCCUAUCGAAGAUAUUUAUAUUGAGUAAAUGUGAAAAGAAUGUGACUGUCGUAACUAUAUCACUUUCACAAGUUUCAAUAGUUUAAUACUUACAUGGAACGACACAAGUAGCCAAAAGAGAAACAAAACAAAACAA